AUGUCAGUAUGGGUGAAUGCUGCAGCUCAGACAUUCAACUCCCUUGGUAUUGCUUUUGGCGGGAUCAUCACAAUGUCCAGUUAUAACAAGAGGAAAAAUAGAAUAUUGAAAGAUGUGUUAAUUAUCGGUGUAGUGGAUGCAGUCACAUGCUUGCUGGCAGGCUUUGCAAUAUUUUCCAUUCUAGGAUACCUCGCAUAUAACCAGGAUAAAGAUGUAGAGGAAGUGAUUAAAGAAGGUCCUGGGUUAGUGUUUGUGAUCUACCCGGAGGCGUUUACAAGUAUGCCAGUAUCUCAGCUGAUCUCCGCCCUCUUCUUCUUCAUGUUGAUUUGUCUUGGAAUAGACAGUCAGUUUGCCUCAGUUGAAGUUAUCGUGACAACCAUCCAGGACCAUUUCGCUCCUCAGGUGAAGCGGUUUCUACGUCGUAAAGAAAUCCUAGUAUUAGUUGUGUGUAUCAUAUCCUUCCUUUGUGGGCUACCAAAUGUUACUCAGGGAGGAAUCUACUUUUUCCAGUUGAUAGAUUACUAUGCAGCCGCAAUGUCCUUGAUGUACCUUGCUUUCUUUGAAGUUAUAGCAAUUACAUGGUUUUAUGGUGCUAAACGAUUAGCAAGGAAUAUUGAGCAUAUGAAUGGUUCACCACCAUCAAUUUUCUUCAUUGUCUGUUGGUAUGGAAUAUCACCACUCCUUAUCCUUGGAAUAUGGGUAUUCAGCUUAGUGCAGUACAAACCGUUCAGUGUGGCAGACUACGAGUACCCGGGUUGGGCGAUUGCUCUUGGCUGGCUUAUAGCAGCUAUGUCGAUAAUUUGUAUUCCUGCAGGAAUGGUUCAUUCAGUUGUUACAGCUCAAGGGAAGACACUCUGGCAGAAAUUCAAGAAUUCAUUAAAACCACAAGGCAUGGAAAAAGAAGAAAUGAACGGAGAUAUUGGUUUUAAAGACAUUAACAGCGGUACAAAAUUUCCUGUAGAUGAUUGUUACUUGGAGAAUGGGCAGAUCAUCUUUAAAGGAAAGUCAAAUCGAGACAACUUGUACCCCAGUCUCUGUGACGAGGUGCAACCACUAAGUUAUAAACAGGUGUGAAUUUUGUGCUGUGUAUUUUGUUUCCAGAGUUGAAUAUGAUAAAAAAUGUCAGGGAAAAUCAAAUAGAAGCACAGAGUUUUACAAAGUACAUCACGAUGAUUUUUAUUUGUUUGAUACAUUUUAGAAACAGCACAAUGUCAUGUGGGUUUUUUUUGUGUUAUAAUGUCUGCAGAAACCCAAGGGAUUCUGCAGAUGUUAAAGCUGUUGUAGCAUAAAACGUGUAAAGAGAAAUUAAUUAAAUGAA